CCGAUUGCUAAAAAACCAGCAGCAGACACCCGGCCCCUGCUUUCCAUGCUUAUCCUCUGCUUUUCACGCGAGUCAAAACUCUUUCUCUCUCUCUUCCCUUGCCUCUAUCCGUCGAUUCAGCUGUAAUUCGAAUGCUUGAGAGGGCGUGUGCACUGCUAGUUCUAGCUUGUGUUGUGCAGUGCGUGAUCAUGGCGAUGCCCCAGGCUGGUAGCGAGGGGUUAGGGCUUCCGAUUGGGUUCCGGUUCAUGCCGAACGACGAGGAGCUGACAGUAUACCUCCGCAAGAAGGCACUAUCUUUGCCACUCCCGUCCGACAUAAUCCCCGUCGCCGAUCUUGCAGGCAUCCAUCCAGCGGACCUCCCAGGCGGCGAGGCCCACGAAGAGAAGUUUUUCUUCAGCCGGCCGGUGCCAAGGUGCGGGCGCAGGGCCUGCAGGCAGGCGGCACCUGGCGCUGCUGGCGUGUGGAAGGCGUCCGGCACAGAGGAGCUUGUGGUUGUCUCGCCGCGACAUGUGCCCGUGGCACUCAAGCAGACGCUGGUCUUCUUCUCUGCGGACGGCACGCGCACCCGGUGGGUGAUGCACGAGUACCGCCUCCACCCUGCCAUGCUCGCGACGGCAGCCCGCAUCGGCAAGGCUGUGGACAACUGGGUGGUAUGCCGCGUGUUCAAGAAGGGCACUCGGCGCGACGGAAACCUGCAGGACGUGUUUGGACCGUCGUCCCCGGCCUCGUCCUGCGUGACAGAAUAAUUGGGAGAUGACGAAGAAGACGAAGAAGAGAUGGCUAGUUCUAACUAGAUACUGGCCGAUGAUUUUCUAAUCAGUCUUCUCGUUUUUUUCGUAGAUCGUUCGCUCUGCCGCCAAUGCGGUUCUGGUACUAGGUUAGGAAUAAGAUCCCCAGUGCAUGGGAACUCAACAAGAGAUUGAUCAACGUUUGUAGAGCAAAACAUAUGAAACAUCAA